AUGCUAGAGGCCCGACAAAUUGCGCGAGACCAUUACACAAAUCGUUAUCAAAAAUCCCUUCCUGGUGGGGACAGUUCGAAGUGUGUCAGGGUUUUUGAGCGGAGCUUGGUCCAGUGCUCACUUAUUACGGAAGGUAUCCUUGCGAUCCGCGGCACGGGCUUUGGGUCGUAUUCCUCAACGAACGGUGUGUUAAAGUGGCAGAGACAUUACUUUGGGAAACCUAUGACUGCUGGCGUCUUUCCUUUCUGCCUCCCAAACUCAUCGAACUCAUCAGAUUGUUCUAUUUCACAGUCCUUCCGGGCGGUACGGAUGUUGAUAGCGAUUUCCAUUCGCUGCUCGACAAAAUAG